UCUUUCCUCUCUCUCUCUAGACGCACGGGUAUGUUGUGGUCCUUCUCUCCUGCUGAUCAUGGGCCAAUCCCCCACAUUACUUAUGGUAGCCAUCACGUGCAAAACUAGGUUGCAGACUAGGGGACCAUUCAUGCUCUAAAUGUGCACAGGGACACAUGCCACUUCAUGCUUCUGGAAUGCUUGGUGGGUCUCUGUACACUUGCAGUUGCAGUCAGUGAAGUAAUUGGGUGUAUGGAACUUGACCAAACUCCCAUACAUGAAAUGAAAGAAACAGAGUAUCAUAUGCUCUGUUCAUUAUUUUAUCAAGUUUAGAUAAGGUAGUGAGCUAUAGCUAUGUUAUUUCAUGGACACUCUCUCUCAAAUAUAUCCCAAGGCAUCCCAAUUCCAAAUAUUUUACAUGUGACUAAAAUCAACUUUUGUUCUCAUCUUCUUUUUUUUGUUAUUAUCCAGACAGUCCAACUCUCCAAGACACCUUCAAAGGGGAAAGGAAUCACGAGAAUUGUGAAAAUGUAAAGGAAAUCAAAAUCAGAUUAGAUUAGAUUCUGUUAAUGAUAUUCCCACAUGGGUUCCUCUGCUUAAAGCAUAUCCACCUAGUCUCUCUGCAAUCCGUACAACUCUGCAAAUACAAAGAUUCUCUAUUUAGUCAACUUUCCCUAAAAAAUUUAUUUUCAUCCUACAUAAUAUGAAUAUCUGUCCAAAGAGAUUGUGCGCGUGAUAAUGGAUCUGGUAAACCAAUGUAGGAAUCGUUUCAUAUCAUAAAAAAUCAAUUAAAUUAGAUUUUCUGCACAUUAUUUAUUUAUUUUUUUUCCCUAAGAAAAUCCCCUCUUUGUUGUUUUAUCAAGAAAUUUUUUUGGGGUAUUUGUUGUGAAGCUCAGCCUACGUUGUUUAGAAGUAGAAAGAUGUUUGGUGGUUCAAAGACCCAUAAAAAGUCCAGUGGUUGUUUUGUAUAACCAGAGAGAGGAUUUUUGCAGGGAAGAAUGCAGAUAUUAGAUAUUGAUUCUGUAGGAGAUAGAGAAAGAUGGGAUUUUGUGUAAAAAUGGGACUGAAUCAAAUCAGUAGGCAGAAACCCAAUAAGGAUCACGAAAUAUCAGUGAUCUACUUUGAUAUUAUCUCUGGUAGACAGUAUGUGAAAUGGGACAAUUUUGAUACUUUCUCAUUUUCUUUCUAUGUUUGUUCUCCAAGUGUUUGCACAAAUACCUAGCUCACCAACCCAACACCACCGUCUUUGUUGUGGGUUUCUUCUCUCUAUAAAUACAAACCAUUAUUACAUUCAUACAUCUCUUGUGAGUUUGUGGUGUUUUUACUAGGGCUUUUGUCAUUGUACUUGCUUUAAUAGUUAUUGUUUACAGGCCUCUUUCAUUGCUCCUUCUGUACUCUACUGGUCUUUAUUUUGGUCUGUUCUUUUUGGUUUGAGUUAUUGCUUGGAAGAGAAUAGUGUUCUGGUUGGUGAUCUUCAUAAAAGGAGAAGGUGGUGAUGGAUAAUGGAGAUCUACCCCAUGUUUUAGCAGUCGAUGACAAUCUCAUCGAUCGCAAACUCGUCGAAAGAUUACUCAAAAGCUCAUCCUGCAAAGUGACUACUGCAGAGAAUGGACUGAGAGCAUUGGAGUAUUUAGGCUUGGGAGGUGAUGAACAAAACACCAUGGAUGGAACUACUACAUCAAAAGUGAAUCUGAUAAUCACAGAUUAUUGUAUGCCAGAAAUGACAGGCUAUGAGUUGCUCAAGAAAAUAAAAGAGUCUCAAAUCAUGAAGGAGGUUCCAGUUGUUAUCAUGUCAUCUGAGAAUGUCCCAACUCGUAUUAACCAGUGCUUAGAAGAAGGAGCACUAAUGUUCAUGCUGAAGCCUCUCAAACAGUCAGAUGUGAAGAAACUAAGAUGUGAUUUGAUGAAAUGCAGAAGUUGAAGGAAACCCAAAAAAAUUUAAGACUGAAAGUAUCAGAAAGACAACCCCCCUGUAAAAGAUUAUCAGGGUGACAACCAUAUGCCAUAGAAUGGAAGCUUCAGGGCAUUUCAAAUGACCACUCAAAUCUUUUUUUUCCUUUUCAUCUGAAAUAAAAUUUCUGGAAACUUUGUCUUUCCCACAAUGGAUAUUCAGCAUUACUUCAACAGAACUUGAUUUUACUUUUUGCUCCACUUGGCUUAUAAACAAGUAGUUUCUUCAUCACCUGACAAUCCAAUUGGACCUAACCAUCAUCUAAGAACAGCAAAAGAAAACAUAGAAGAUGAAUUGGAAUGUGUUUACAUCAAUCAAAACCAUAAGCAA